AUGUUCUUUCGUUUCAGCGCAAACGACCGUUUCGACUCGUCCUAUAAAAGCAAUCUUGUCGUCUACAGCAGUGGAGAGGUAAACUGGAUCCCCCCAGGAAUCUUCAGAAUCACUUGUAAAAUGGAUAUCACGAUGUUCCCAUUUGAUGAGCAGAUUUGUUUCUUGAAAUUCGGUUCAUGGACCUACCAUGGCUUGGCACUCGAUCUACGCGUUGAGGAAGAAGAAGGCAGCGAACCAUCAAUGGAUUUAUCAACUUACAUUUCCAAUGGUGAAUGGCAGUUACUGAGUGCCCCUGCUGAAAGACAAGUCACCUACUAUCAAUGCUGCCCUGAACCAUAUCCUACGCUAAAAUUCUACAUGCAUCUCAAACGAAAAGCUCUCUAUCACAUGUUCAAUAUCAUUACCCCAUCAUUGCUAAUUUCGGGGAUGACACUACUUGGAUUUUGUCUUCCUGCCCAUGAUAUGAGCGAAAAGAUCGGAUUUCAGACCACUAUCUUACUUUCUGUUUGCUUUUUUCUGACUAUUUUAUCGGAGAUGACCCCUACCACAUCGGAAUCUAUUCCAUUGUUAGGUACGUUUUAUAAAAGAUAUAUUUUAGAGGGUAAAAUGAUGGUUCCGGAAUUUGAGUCACAUUCCAUGAAACGGCUUGAUUAUGUGCCAUAA